CUUAAACAAAAGCAAGCUAGUGACAAAGAAGCCAACAAACAACUGCACACCACCAAAAGCUCUAGAUUGGUUUUGUUAUCACAGUUACACGCACACAUACAGAAGCAAGACCUUCCUUAACCACCACCAUUUCCAAAAAGGAAACUUACAAGCACAAUGGAAGAGAAGGAAAAGAAUAAGAAGAACAAGAAGCAGAAGCAUCAACACCCCAAUGACCAGACCACCAAACCAGCAUCAGAUUUUUCUUUCAAGCCAAGCUCUGAAGUAAAAGGUCUAAGGUUUGGUGGGCAGUUCAUUGUAAAGUCAUUCACAAUCAGGAGAGCAAGGCCUCUUGAGCUCCUGAAGCUGCUGGAUUUCCCACCAAUAAACAAAUCCAACAGCAACAAGCUCCCUUUCCCUUCAACAACAGCUUUCUUGCCUACAAACUUCACAAUCUUAGCUCACCAUGCUUGGCACACACUGACUCUUGGCCUUGGUACAAAGAAAUCCAAAGUUCUUUUAUUUGUUUUUGAAUCAGAGGCCAUGAAACUGGCUGUGGAUAGGAUAUGGCCAUCAGAAAUUCCUCUUGGAGAAGUGAACAAGAAGCUGAUAAGGGGGCUAACUGGGUGUGAAAUGGCUAGGUUCAAGUUCAGAAAAGGGUGCAUCACUUUCUAUGUUUAUGCAGUGAGGAAGGUAGGGAACAUGGGAUUUUCAUGUGCUGAUGAUCUCAGAACAAUUUUGCAGUCCGUGGUUGCACUCAAGGAUUUCUUGGACCAUACCGCUAUGCUUGCCAUGCCUAACCAGAGAAGCAUUAGCUACUGCCCUCCAGUUGCAAUGGCUCACUAGAAUGUUUUUCUUUUUCUUUUUAAUUAUAAAAUUUUCCUCAUCAUCUUUCUCAAAUCAUGAUCAUUUUCUUCUUCUCUUUUCAGUUUUGAAAUAUUUUUCUUUUAUGAUGGGUGGGGGGUAAUUGGUUUAUUUGUUGAAGACCUUGUUCAUGUUAUUAAUUUCCUAAAUCUUCUUUUCUUUUUCCCUGAACAAAUUUGUAGUGUGAAUAAAUUUGGAGUUCUUCU